AUGCAAGAUACAGAAUAUUUUGACGCUUUGUCAGAAUGUUUGACAUCUGACUUUUACAACCACUUGUUCUCAUAUUUCAUGACAUUAGAUAUUUCUAAGUUCAAUCCAAGACAAAUUCCAUAUACCGAAGAGAGACAAACAUUGUUAGAAGCAAACAAGAGUGUUUAUGAACUGUUCGUAGAUGAAACUGACUUUGUGUCAUUAGAUGAAAGGUCAUUGUACGAUUCAUAUAAACAGUAUUGUCAAGAAUAUGGUUAUAUGGCAGCGUCUAAACGUACAUUCUUGGCAAAUGUCAAAAAUCUUUUAGAUGUUCAGAACGGCGUAUAUACAAAGAAAAAUUUUUCUGAGUAA